UUCCAUUUUGGUAGCUUCAACUUUGCAGCUGCUGUGUCUCCUCGGCGUCUGGGAGGAAGACUUUCACAUUAAGAGUUGCUGAUGCGGAUUUUCUGUCUCUCCUCUCUCCAUGUUGAUGAGCGCUUGGCUCCUGACAGAAGCGAUUUGGCUCUCGGCUUUGUAGUUCGGAAGAAGUUGGGUCUAUAGAUUUUCCCCUAACUCUUCAAUUGAUGUGUUGAGCUUCAGAGGCAAUAAUACCUGCGCUUAAAGCAUGCUGUCGUCUCAAGGAGUCCUCCUGCAUCCUUACGGCGUGCCCAUGAUCGUCCCAGCAGCCCCCUACUUCCCUGGACUGAUUCAGGGUAACCAGGAAGCAGCAGCAGCCCCUGACACCAUGGCCCAGCCUUACGCUUCGGCCCAGUUCGCACCCCCCCAGAAUGGCAUCCCAGCGGAAUACACGGCCCCUCACCCCCACCCCGCGCCAGAGUACACGGGCCAGACCACGGUCCCUGAGCACACGUUAAACCUAUACCCUCCCGCCCAGACGCACUCGGAGCAGAGCGCAGACACGAGCGCACAGACCGUCUCCGGCACCGCCACACAGACAGAUGAUGCAGUACCAACGGAUGGCCAGCCCCAGACACAACCUUCUGAAAGCGCCGAAAACAAGUCCCAGCCCAAGAGGCUGCAUGUCUCAAAUAUCCCCUUCAGGUUCCGGGAUCCAGACCUUCGACAAAUGUUUGGCCAAUUUGGUAAAAUCUUAGAUGUUGAAAUUAUUUUUAAUGAGCGAGGCUCGAAGGGAUUUGGUUUCGUAACUUUCGAAAAUAGUGCGGAUGCCGACAGGGCGAGGGAGAAAUUACACGGCACCGUGGUUGAGGGCCGUAAAAUCGAGGUUAAUAAUGCCACAGCACGUGUAAUGACAAAUAAAAAGACCGUCAACCCUUAUACAAAUGGCUGGAAAUUGAAUCCAGUUGUGGGUGCUGUCUACAGUCCCGAAUUCUAUGCAGGCACGGUGCUGUUGUGCCAGGCCAACCAGGAGGGAUCCUCCGUGUACAGUACCCCCAGUUCACUUGUAUACACUUCCGCAAUGCCCGGCUUUCCGUAUCCAGCCGCCACCGCAGCGGCAGCCUACCGAGGCGCACACCUGCGUGGCCGCGGCCGCACCGUGUAUAACACCUUCCGGGCCGCGGCGCCUCCGCCCCCCAUCCCGGCCUAUGGCGGAGUAGUGUAUCAAGAGCCUGUGUAUGGCAAUAAAUUACUGCAGGGUGGUUAUGCUGCGUACCGCUAUGCCCAGCCUACUCCUGCCACUGCCGCUGCCUACAGUGACAGUUACGGACGAGUUUAUGCUGCCGACCCCUACCACCACACACUUGCUCCAGCCCCCACCUACGGCGUUGGUGCCAUGAAUGCUUUUGCACCCUUGACUGAUGCCAAGACUAGGAGCCAUGCUGAUGAUGUGGGUCUCGUUCUUUCUUCAUUGCAGGCUAGUAUAUACCGAGGGGGAUACAACCGUUUUGCUCCAUACUAACUGACAAAACCAUAAAAACCUUCCAAGGUGGGGAGAAAGGAAGCUUUCCGAGGCCUGGGUAUUGCAAUACAUGCAGUAGUGCAUCAUUUUAGCAACUCUGAAAAAAAAGAAAAAAAAAACAAAAAAAGAAGCUAAACUAAAAAAAAAAAGAGGAAAAAAAAUUACAUUUUUUAUCUUAUACCUCAGAUAUUUUGUUCUGUGUAUUUUAAUAUUGUGGGUCUUUCAUUUCUGAAGAUUCCGUAGUUCAGUUGCUGGCUGUAGGAGUUUUUGUGGUUGAACUAGAGAGACGCUAGAUAUGCAUAAAAAAAAUAAUAACUGGUUUAGGGCCAUAUCCAGAGUGCUAUAUCGUGUAAAUGAAUUAUAUAUGCCGAAUGUAAGCUUACCGGGGUUAUCAGCUGUUUGGGAAGAGAGGAAGUGACUAUAGUAGUCAUUUUUUUCUGCAUCUGCAUCAUUUCAGUUUAUGGAAGGAGAAGGGUGGGAGGGGAAAGGGGCUGUGGGGUUUGGCU